GGCAUGAAUAUAGAGAGCCUCCAUAUAUCUCUUCAAAAAUACCGUUAUUUAGACAUCUUAUAGGUUUAUUUCGGAAACGUCACGACUCUUUCGUGAGCUUUUUUCCCAUCUCAAAAAAUGAGAUAUACGCAUUUUACAUAUCUGGUAUGCUUGGGAGAGGGGUUUAUGUCGUUAAAUUACCGAGAAUACGCAACACAUUGCUCCGAAGUCCGACGAAAGUCUCUGCCCGCCGCGGUCGACAUUAUGUUUACACCAAAGUUGGCCAACUUAAUUCAUGCCGCUACCAAAGUUCUUGCUCAUUAUCAGAUCGUGGGUGAGGAGGUUUCAUUCUAUCUUAAAGAAGGAAUAGCCAAUGUACACUCAACGAUGAGACCUGGAGAAGCCUUGGCACACGCUUCUCUUCUCUUGGCCCAGAAUCUUAAAGUAACAGUUGAAGGCCUUGCACAAAAUAACGCAUCAAUUAAUCUAGAAUCUUGGAUUGCAGCUCCAAUGACUGAAGCUGCGACAUUAGCUAUUUUUGGUCCGAAAAAUCCAUAAGGAUCCAGAAAUUGCUAAAGCCUUUUGGUACGUUUAAUUUGUGCACCUUCGCCUGAGACAUAUGAUCUUUUCACGCCAUUACCAUAGCACAGCAGAGACGUUCUGUCUGCCAAAAAACGAGAAUGUUAUUCGUAAAAAUAAUGUGGAAAAAUCCUCAUCCACAUGCA